CUGCAUUGUGAUUGGUGGAGAGUUCGGAAGUGGGCGGGGACUGAAGCUUUGUUUACUAAUGGGGAAAGGAGCUUUACAAUCGGCUGCUCACUCGUACAGCUGGAAACUUUACCAGAUGAUUAUUGUGUGGGCUGUUUGUUUGUUUAUCUGCUGAAACGUGAUGAUGAAGGCUGUGCUGGUGGUGCAUGGCGGCGCGUGGGCCAUACCCGACGUGUUGGCUGAGGCUUCAGUGGCUGGGGUGAAAGCUGCUGCUCAGGCAGGGAGUGUUAUUCUGAAGAGAGGGGGGUCUGCACUGGAUGCUGUUGAAGUGGCCGUGAGAAUGAUGGAGGAUAAUGUGGUUUUUGAUGCAGGUCACGGCGCUGUGCUGAAUACCGAUGGAGAAGUGGAGCUGGAUGCCAUCAUCAUGGAGGGAAAAACGCUGGGCGCUGGUGCUGUUUCGUCAGUUAGAAACAUUGCUAACCCCGUUAGCCUUGCCCGUGCUGUGAUGGAAAAGACUGAGCACAUCAUGUUGACGGGCAGGGGAGCGAACCUGUUUGCAGAGAGCAUCGGUGUUCCUACAGUCCCAACACAGGCUUUGGUGACGGAGGAGGAGAGGAAAGAGUGGCAGCGCUACAAGAAGUACGCUGUUGGUGUCAAAGAGCUUUUUAACUCACAGUGUGGCCAUGACACAGUUGGAGCAGUGGCUCUGGAUGCAUUUGGGAAUGUUGCCUGUGCAACCUCAACAGGAGGAAUCAGGAACAAAAUGGUGGGAAGAGUUGGAGAUUCUCCUUUCAUCGGAUCAGGUGGAUAUGCAGACAAUACGAGUGGUGCUGUGUCCUGCACUGGGCAUGGCGAGUCUAUUCUGAAAGUCACCUUGGCCAGGCUAAUCCUCUUUCACAUGGAACAAGGAAAGUCAGCAUGUGAAGCAGCUGAUUGCUCUCUGCAGUACAUGGCCGAGCGUGUUCAGGGGGGUGGAGGAGCCAUAGUCGUGUCUCCCACCGGGGACUGGAGUGCGGCGUUCACCACAGAGCGCAUGGCCUGGGCCGCCUGCAAGGGCGAACGUCUCCACUACGGUUUAAACCCCAAAGAAAUGUUUGAGGAAACAUUGAAUUGAUAACACAGUUGUUGUAUUUUUUUGUACAUCUAAGUUUUAUGUGACCAUGCCAUAGAAGAAUGAAGAAAUAAGCUCAGGAAAAAAGAAACAUUUUGAACUUUCUCACUUAGGUCUGAAUUAAUUUGAUAUGAUUUUUAAAAGAAUUUUAAGAAUAUGAGGCACUCUGUGUCACAGGACAGCAUUUCUCACCCAGCGAGGUUGUAACAGAGCCAUAUUUCUAUACACCAUAUCAUCAACAAUGCUAAUUCUGAAGUGGAUUUAUUAUUAUUUAUAUAUUUUCUAUUGUCAGUGAAGGACUGUUUCAGUCACAUCACAUCCAUAACACAAGUAUAAGUAGUGUGUCAUAUAUACAUUGCUCAUGGUGAGGCUCGGGUAAAUUUUUAUCAUGGAACAUUAUAAGACACACAGUAUGGAUGUGUUAUUUAACCUGUAUGUACGUGACUGGAUUCUCUGAUAACGUCUGCCAGAUGGCAUCCGGAAAACCAGAUUGUGUGCAGAGACGUAGCAAUGUAUAGACCUAAACAACAAUUAUUUAUAUCUACACAUACUUCUUGUUUUCAUCCAAGUGACAUUGUAUAUUUAAUACCUUUGCAAAGGUCUUUAAUAUCCACAAAAUUACCUUAAAAUUGCAUUUCCCCCCAAAUUUCUCUUUGUGAUGUCAUGUCCAUAAUGCUCAUAAACUGCUGUAUAUCUGCAAAAUGUAAAUUAAUAUCUUAUGUUUGAAAAGUAGCCUAUAUGCUUUCUCUACACAGUAUGAAAUUUCACAUGACCAGAUAUAAAAAUAAAACCCUGUCUCAAUGAUACUAAGCUUAUUUUAGCAAUGAGACACUUUGCAAGUCAAUAUAAAUUUAAAUGUUACGUCCAUGAAACUGUCAUUGCUUUACAUCAUUAUUCUUGAGCAAUAAUAAAUACAAUUAUAUAUAAUAAAUACAAUAAAUAUAAUUCACAGGCUUUUAAUUUAUCGCUGUACAAUAUUACUGUAUUGUACUUUUACUUACCUAUUUGCUAUUUCUCUCUUCAGGAACGAGGAUUCAUUGAUUUAAUUUUAGAAAAUCUACUAGCACAAUAUAGGCAUCCUAAAUUACAUAGUGGUUAUAACUUCUGUGUUCUAAAAUCAUUAUCCCAUUACAGUAUAUUCAUAUUUCAUAGUGCUUUUCUUGGACCAGUCCAGCUCUUCUUGUUAAUCACACUAUCACAUUACAUGAUUUACUACUCCAUUUGCAUUUGAAUAUGAUUUAGAUAUAGUUUCAAACUCGCUUUACUUCAGUCUCGUUUAUAUUGAAUAAAUAAUUGAAAGCACCUGUAAUGAUGAUUCAAGAUCCAAUUAGUAACAUCAUUAAAAAAAAAGAAUGGCUUAUAAUGAAAUCUGACACCAAGGGUCUUCUUCAAUAGCUCCCAUUUAAUAGGCUUAUCUUAUUGAACUUCAGUGUAAAAGGAAAUCAAAGUUAGCCGAGUCAUUAGCUGUACUUUUUUUGUUCCAUCCCUCUUUCUUAAAAAAGAGAAACUCGUCUUUGAAUAAUGACUGAUGAAUUCAGACGCAUCCCAUAAGCAGAAGGAUGAAUAAUCUCUUCCAAAAAAAAAAAAGAGGUAUCUCCAGAAAAUAGUUUAAAGCAAUUUACUUUCACAAAAAAAGAGUGGCUUUUACUUUUCUCGGACUGGGAGAGCCAGAUGGUCCUGUAAAAUCAUAUGUGCUAUUUGUGUUAUUUGCUUAAAUGUUAUCCAUAAAAAUGUCUACAUGUUGAACAUUUGCAAAGUAGUUUGAAAUCAUGUAAUGGAUAAAUGGUAACUGAUGAAAAAUGCAGAAUUUGUGUGUAAUAAAGGUCUUUGCUUAUUUCCCAUAAAA